UGUUCGGCUUUCAGUUUCACGAGAGACUUCCAACAGAAUACAUCGAAUUUCCGCGAGAGAUUUGCAAAUCGAGAAGAAAGAAGAAAACCUCUGCACCGAGUUACCUCCACGCAAAAGUGCACAAAAAACGUUAUAAAAACAGAAACAAAGUGAUUUUAAAAGCCAGAGUUCAUUGGACGCCCAGCAAUCCGAGAGACAAAGUGAAACGACCUCGCCCAACGCGGCAAAAAGAGAGAAAAAAAACACACCCACAUCCCACACAACAUCCCGCUGAUUGGUACUGCAGUUCGCAAAAAAAGAACCAAAAACACAGCACAGCAUCGACAUGGAUGUUUGGGGAUUCUGCGUCAGCGACACCACGAUGGCAUAUGGCGGGUCCAUGCGCAGCGGGUACUACAGGGACUACGAGGAAUUCCCGUAUGGAACCCUGGAGUCCACCACCUCCUCACACGCGGUCAAGGACUGCUACAGUCGAGUGCAAGAAAAGUGCAAGCAGAUAAAGUCCGAGAAGCAGAUGCGCAAGGACUGCCCGUUCUGCAAGGAGCACAAGAAGCGACCGCUUAUCAACUACAUGCGCAAGCGGGAGCAGCGGAAGCACCAUGACAGCAUCUGCGAGGACGAGGAGGACAUGCACGAGCAUGAGCAUGAGUUGGAGCACAGCCACAAUCACAGCCAGUCGGCCGUUCUUGCCGCCCCCCAAAGCUGCAAGGUGUGAGUGGGAGCGGGACGACUAUACUGCGGACGAUGCCAGCAGCAUUCGCGAAAUGCCAUAUAUGUAUACAAAUGUAUAACCAGAAGAAAGGAAACCUGAAAGAGUAAGAACAAAGACGAAGAAAACCAGAGGAGAAAAGAGAAUGAACUCUUAAAGACGAAGAUUGAGCGAGAGAGCGAGACAGCGACCUGCAGCUACAAUAAUCCAAGGCAACUGUACCCCUAUUUUUGAUAUGGUUGUUAAAGCAUUUCCGCGUCGCGAAUACACUACCAUUUACAAAAGCCAGAUCCACUUGAUACCAAUUUACAACUCCCCUUUUUUCAUUAGCUACCACUUCGUUUUUACACCAACUUCGCAGUUAUGUACAAUACAAUUCGUUUACCGACAAACAAUAGCGCACGACGAAUAAUCUUGUAACGAAAACCUGCCCGCUUGACCAACGCAUUUUUUGACCUUAGGCAAACCAGAACAUGGUAAAAAACUAAAAAAAAAAAAUUAUUGUAUACACGAAACACAACAAGGGAAGCAAAAGCAGAAUUUUCUAUUUUGCGUACGAGACUGAGUAAAUUGCAGUAGAAAAUUUUUAAA